AUGGAAUCUAAGAUGUUUUCGUCUCCACAUCGUUUAGAAUCAGGAUUAUCACCAAUAUUAGAUAUGUCUCCAACAACUGCCGAAUUCUUUGCUGCUUUUAUGGAUAGACCAUCAUGUAUGUUCUCAACAUCUCCUACCCAUUCCAGUCCAAACAUGAAAGGAAUUGAUCUUGGAAUAAACAUGAAUUCCAAGGAGAAUAUCAGGGAAAUAUCUCAAUGCAAACGUAAACUGGACUUUGCAGAAAAUAACAAUUAUUUAGGAUUACAGCGACCGCAAACUGUUUCUGUGGCAAGGAGAAAUGAACGGGAAAGAAAUCGGGUGAAAUUGAUUAAUAUGACAUUUGCCACUUUACGUGAACACAUACCACAGCUGUCUAAAGGUGGUAAAAGUCGUAAAUUAAGUAAAGUAGAGACAUUACGCGCAGCUAUAGAAUAUAUCAGAUACCUACAAGGCAUGAUGGAAGAAUGUGGUGCAACUAUUGAGAAGUCACCCAUUAGAGCUGCUGGUGAUUCUAAACCAUUAUCACCAGGUUUGUCACCAACAUUAUCUACUGGAACAUCAUUGAACUCACCAUCAUCACCAAUAUCAUCACCGUCAUCACAGACAUCAUACGAGAACCUUAGUGCUGAAGAUGAAGAUUUGCUGGAUUUUGCAAAUUGGUUUUAA